CUCGUUACGACGAGCGCGUGUGAUUCUUGAUUAGAGGUUAUUUUGCGUUCGACGGGCGAAUCGAUCGUAUCGGAGGAACGUAGGAUUUAAAUUCGUAAUAAAUAAGAAAGGAUAAGAAGAUGAAAGAUUAGUAAUUUAUAUAUAAUGGCUCACAAGACAAAGGAGAAAGUAAAAAUAUAUAAGAAAAAACGACAAAUUCCUGAAAGUAAAAUUAUUGAAGAUCUACAAGCAAAAUACAAUGAUAUUGAUGAAACUAAAAUAAAAAAAUUUAUUGAUAUGCCAUUAUCAAAUAAAACAUUGAAGGGAUUGAAAGAAAAUAAUUAUAUUGAAUUAACAGAUAUUCAAAGACAAAGUAUUGGAUUAGCUUUAAAGGGUAAUGAUAUAUUAGGCGCAGCAAAAACUGGUAGUGGAAAAACAUUAGCAUUUCUUGUACCGGUAUUAGAAAUUUUAUAUUGUAAACAAUGGACAAGAUACGAUGGUGUUGGUGCACUUAUUAUUACACCUACAAGAGAACUCGCUUAUCAAAUAUAUGAAACUUUACGUAAGGUUGGUUUAUACCAUGAUAUUUCAGCAGGUCUGAUUAUCGGAGGAAAAGAUUUAAAAUUUGAAAAGAAACGUAUGGAUCAAUGUAAUAUUGUUAUAUGUACACCUGGUCGUUUGCUUCAACAUAUGGAUGAAAAUCCUCUCUUUGAUUGUGUCAAUAUGCAGAUAUUAAUUCUCGAUGAGGCUGAUCGUUGUUUAGAUAUGGGUUUUGAAAGAACAAUGAAUUCUAUAAUUGAAAAUCUACCACCUAAGCGACAGACACUUUUAUUCUCAGCAACACAGACUAAAUCAGUUAGAGAUUUAGCUAGGCUAAGUCUAAAGGAUCCUAUGUAUGUAUCCGUGCAUGAACAUGCUGAACAUACUACUCCCGAAGGACUUCAACAGUCUUACAUUGUUUGCUCUUUGGAAGAUAAAAUAGCAAUGUUAUGGUCUUUCUUGCGAAGUCAUUUGAAACAAAAAAUAAUCGUGUUCUUUUCUAGUUGCAAACAGGUCAAAUAUGUUUAUGAAGCAUUUUGUCGUUUACGACCAGGAAUAAGUUUAUUAGCUCUGUAUGGUACACUUCAUCAGCUUCGAAGAAUGGAUAUUUACGAAUCAUUUUGUAAAAAACAUUAUGCUGUAUUAUUUGCUACAGAUAUCGCUGCACGAGGAUUGGAUUUUCCUGCUGUAAAUUGGGUAGUCCAAAUGGACUGUCCUGAAGAUGUAAAUGCAUAUAUUCAUAGGGCAGGUAGAACAGCUAGAUUUCAAGCAGGUGGAGAAUCUUUAUUAGUUUUACUACCAUCUGAAUUAGAAAUGGUUCAACAACUUCAGGAACGUAAAAUACCAAUAAAUAUGAUAAAAAUUAAUCCAAAUAAAUUACAUUCGCCACAUCGCAAACUUGAAGCAUUAUUGGCUCGAGAUGUUUCUUUAAAAGGAAGUGCUCAAAGAGCUUUUGUAGCAUAUAUUAAAUCAGUUUUCUUAAUGAAAGACAAACAAGUAUUUAAUGUAAAAGCUUUAAACACCGAUGAAUAUGCAAGAUCAUUAGGUUUAGCUAUUCCACCAAGAAUACGAUUUUUACAAAAAACGCAAAAUAAUACUUCUAAUAUACAAAAAGAAAUAAAUAAGGAGAGUAAAGAAAGUGAUAAUUUGGACAUAUGUAAUAAUAGCGAAACAAAUAGAUAUACUUCUAACGAAUCUGAUAACGAAGAUGACAAUGUGAUGAAUCACAUAUCGCAUGCUCGGAAACAUGAUAAUAUUAACUUUAUGGAUGAUGAUAGCGACGACGAUUUAUUGACCGUGAAGAGGAGAAAUAUAGAUAUUGAUGAUAUGUCCGAUGGCACCGAAAACAUAAAAGAUGAUAAGAGUAAUAAGAAAAAAGUUAUUACAAAAGUUGCAAUUGCAAAAAAAAUACUUAAGAAAAAAAUAAUCCCCAAUAGUAAAAAAACUUUUGGUGAUGAUGGAAAGGAAGUGAUAGAUCCAAUGAAAAGCAAAGUAUCCGAAUUUGCCAAGAAAUAUGAAAAUGAAAUUGAUUCUGGUAUUAACAUUGAAGUAGCAAAGCAAGUCUUACGUGAAGAAGACCAAUUUGAUAAACAGAGGUUUAGAGAAAAAAUCAAAGAAAAACAUCGCGAAGAAAAGCUUAAACUUAAAGCUAAUAAAAAGGCAAAGAAUAAAGAUAAGAGUGAUGAUGAGGAAUCACAGGAAGCAAAUAGCGAUGUAAGUGAAAGUGAAUUUAGCGAACCAGACCUUUCAUGGCUGCCAGAUCCAGAUAAAAUAUAUGGAGAAGAAAAAACAGACCUUAAUGAAAAUUCUCCAGAUAAUUUUGAAAGUACAGAAAAUAGUAUGAUUCACAGUCUUCCCAAAAGAAAACUAAUAGUACAAAAAGAUAAAAAGGUUAAAAAGAAACGAAAAAUAAUCAAUGAAGUUAUAAAUUCCGGCCUAAAAACAGAUGAAGAAUUAGCUUUACAACUUUUACAACAGUGAAGUGAAUUUAAAUUUUUAUAUGUAUUUACAAUGCAAAUAAUUGUAAAAAAAUCAUGUUAUAAAAAAUAUUUUUAAUUCUUUUUCCUUAUUUAUAUAGUUUAUAUAGAGUGAAUUACAGGAUUAUAGAAAUUACACAUUGUAUAGGUACAUGUGGUGUAUAUAACAUUAAUAUUUCAUUGAUCACUUACAUGUUUCAUAGACUCAACAAGAUUAUUUACAAAAUAUAUUUUACAUGACUUUAGUUAUAAAGUAAACCAUAUUACUUAAUGGUACGUUGUAUCAUUUACGACGAUAAUGAAAUAUACGAAUUAUUCACAA